AUGGGGCUGGUCAGCCAGCUCAACCGUCUGAAACAGCUCGACCCUCUGAAGCAGCUCAACGUGCUGGAGGGUUACCACAUCAACAUGGAGCUGGUCCUGGUGAAGGAGCACGAGUUACGUCCACCGGUGCCUGCCGAAGCAUCCAAGUGGCCACGCACUGAACAGCGAGCUGUGACCAUGCUUCUAGCUUGUCUUCCCGAAGGAGUUCGACGUGAUCUCAUUGCUUCUCGGCGAUUGUCAACGGUCGAGAUCAUCUACAAGCUGCUGAUCACGUACCAGCCUGGAGGUCCACAGGAGCGGACCGUGCUCUUGAAGGACAUCACUGAGGAUCGUCUUGGAAACAACCCGUCAGUGCAGGAGGUUCUCAACACCUUGAGGAUGUGGAGAAGAAAUGUCAACAGGGCGAACGAGCUCAAGGUCACCUUGCCUGAUACUUUGGUGAUUGUGGGCGUGCUGACCAAGUGGGCAGAGCACAUCAGUCGACUCGGUGGGGCUCAAACUGCGUUUCGAGUGGUGCGGUGA